CAUGAGGGUGCAAGGUUGGUUGUCCCCUUGAAUUGCUGCCUUUCCUCGUCACUCUCUCUCACCUCCUCCGUCGAUCCAAGCACGAAACCGCCCAGAAACCUACUGCCCUCUUCACACCUAGCUUAGAGCUAGUGUGAUUAACCAACGUUUUCCUCCCGGCCUACCCAACAAUUCGAUUGAUCCAUGGAGGGGGGCAGCAACAGCCCGGACGGGCAGUCGUCGGGCGGCAGCCCGGAGGAGCGCCGGAGCAGCGGAGGGAGGGGGGCGGGGGAGCCGGUGCGCUCGCGGUGGACGCCCAAGCCGGAGCAGAUACUCAUCCUCGAGUCCAUCUUCAACAGCGGCAUGGUCAACCCGCCCAAGGACGAGACCGUCCGCAUCCGCAAGCUGCUCGAGCGCUUCGGCGCCGUCGGCGACGCCAACGUCUUCUACUGGUUCCAGAACCGUCGUUCACGCUCACGCCGCCGCCAGCGCCAGAUGCAAGCCGCAGCCGCCGCGGCCGCCACCGCAGCAGCAGCCUCCUCCGCCAAUAGCUUGCCGGCUGCUAGCGCCACCAUCGGUCUUCCAUCCGGCACCGGCUCCGUUCACCCCAUGGCAAUCGGUGGUGGCGCGAGCCAGUACGAGCAGCAGGCGACCUCGUCGUCCUCGUCUGGAAGCACGGGAGGCUCGUCGCUGGGGCCUUUCGCGGCGCACGUCGCGGGGGUGUCGGGUGCCGGCGUUGGGUACCUGCAGGCAUCGUGCGGGACAUCGUCGCCGCUGGCGUCAGGGCUGAUGGCGGACGUCGACAGCGGCGGCAGCGACGAUCUCUUCGCCAUCUCGCGUCAGAUGGGAUUCGUUGGGAGCCCCGCCGGAUCCUCCUCGGCGGCGCCGAACACCGCCGUGCAGCAGCAGUACUACUCGUGCCAAUUGCCGGCAGCGGCGAUCACGGUGUUCAUCAACGGAGUCCCAAUGGAGGUCCCGAGGGGUCCAAUAGACUUGCGAGCCAUGUUUGGCCAGGACGUGGUGCUCCUCCACUCCACCGGGACCCUCCUCCCAGUCAACGACUAUGGCAUUCUGAUUCAGAGCCUGCAAAUGGGAGAAAGCUAUUUUCUGGUCUCGAGGCAAACUUAAAAGUCCCGUAUAUAAUAGAUAGAUAGAGAUCAUCUCUACUCAAGGCUCGCUGGACCAGAUCGAUGCAUGGCGACAGGGUGCAGUUCUUCAACCAUCAUAACGGGAUGAUCUGUUGCAUGCAAAUCAUGUAUCCACCGUGAAGCAAGCUAGUUACAUAGUCAAAGUUGGAGGGCAUAAUAAACCCGGACGAAGGUAGUACCUGGCUAGGACAAAUCAAAUAAUUAGAAGUUUUAAAACAGUGGUAGUAUAUGUGUAUUGCACCAUCAGCCAAGUGCUACGUACCUACUUAUAUGCCAUUGAAACAUACCAAGGCGUGGGCGGUUCGGUUUCUGGUUAGAUUACGAAUUACAGUGGAUUGUCUUCACAUCGGUCGUUUCCGUUACUAGUACACAAGGAUAUGCGUAUGCAUGCAUGCAGGCAGGCAGGCGGGCAA